ACAACAUUAUUGUUGACAGUUUGACAGCGAGCAAAGCCGACAGUUGUGUGUGAUUGUGAUUUUUGUUAUCAAUUCCACUUAGCAUUAUAGUAGCUGCUCUUCGGUUAAAAUUACAUAUUGUUUUACUACCCAUUUGAGGCUACUACGCGAUGUACGAUCUUUUAAAGAUAAGGGAAAUUUAGUCAAGUAUAUUAAAGAAAAAUAUAUGUAACUGAAAUAGUGUUCAAGUCUUCGCUAAGCGAAAAGUUGCCGUCUCCCGAGCCGCAAAUAAUUUUGUUUAUUUAGUCUUAACUCAAUGGUGUGACUAAAUUAAUUUCCUUAUCAAGGAUAGACCGCAGAGAACUAUUAACGUCAAAACAGCUGGAACGCAAGCAAGUAAACGUCGUGCUUCAGUUUAAUUAGAAACAAGAACAGUUCUAGGAUGGGGCGAACUAGUGAAUUCGAGUCAGAAACAAAGACUACCAAUAGUGCCAACACAUACAGACUUAUUACAAAUGAGGAGAAGCCGCCCGACAUUAAAUAUGAGAAGGAGAACUCGUGGGUGGCUGGAGUACAAAUGUUUGUAUCCUUCCUCUUGGCUGGGUUUGGCAUGGUCGCUGCCAGUCUUCUGCUGGAUGUGGUGCAGCACUGGGAUGUCUUCUCCAAAGUGUCUGAAGUAUAUAUAUUAGUUCCAGCCCUACUGGGGUUAAAAGGUAAUCUGGAAAUGACAUUAGCAUCUCGACUGUCAACUCAUGCACAUCUGGGUCACCUAGAUACCAAUCUGGGUUCCCUGGUGGUGGGCAAUUUGUGUUUAAUUCAAUGUCAGGCAGUGCUUGUGGGGUUCCUGGCGGCUAUGGCAGCUGUAGCCAUGGGAUGGAUACCAGAGGGCCAGUUUGACAUCCAUCAUGCAUCAUUGUUGUGUGCGUCUAGUGUGUUAACAGCAUCAUCUGCCAGUUUUGUACUUGGUUUAAUCAUGAUAGGGGUGAUAGUGGUCUCAAAGAAGAUGCAUAUAAACCCUGACAACAUUGCCACACCUAUAGCUGCCAGUCUGGGAGACCUGACAACCUUGGCACUAUUAUCUUGGAUAGCAUCACUCCUUUAUAAAUCAAUUGGCACAAGCAUUGUACUACCAUCUAUUAUUAUAACUGUUGGCGCGCUUCUUGUACCAGUGUGCGGCUAUAUUGCUUGGAGCAAUAAAUUUACUAAGCAAGCAUUGGAUGAAGGAUGGGUGCCAGUUGUUUCGGCGAUGGUUAUAAGCAGUGCUGGUGGACUCAUAUUGGACCACACUGUAUCAGUGUACACUGGUAUUGCAGUAUACCAACUGGUCAUCAAUGGCAUAGGAGGCAACAUGGUAGCAGUACAUGCAUCUAGACUCUCAACACAACUGCAUACAGGCCAAAAAGAAGGUUCAGUUAUAGGAAGCACAACAAAGCUAUUGCUUUUAAUGGUUAUACCAGGACAGUUAAUAUUUAUUUACACCAUAGGUUACUUGAGGGCAGGCCACACAUCUACAACCCCCACUUUUAUAUUAAUCUAUAUGUCAGCAGCAAUGUUGCAAGUUUUCCUUUUGCUAACAAUCAGUCACUACAUGGUUGCGUGGAUGUGGAGAAUGGGGAUGGAUCCGGACAACUCAGCAAUACCCUACUUAACUGCACUUGGGGAUUUAUUGGGUACUGCACUCCUGGGUGUGGCUUUUAGCAUUUUAUAUGCAAUAGGUGAUAAAGACAGUGAUUUAGGAGACUAGCACAAAUCUCAAUGUAUACUUGAUAAGUCUCUAUACAACUAUUAUAUUAAGACAAUAUCUAAUGUAAGCAAGUCUAUUCUAAAUAUUAGCAUUUUAAGCAGUAUUACUUAGUCUUGUGCCAUUGUUUUAUUGUCUCAUUGUGACUCUUGACUGAAAACUAACUCAUACUAUAAAAAAAAAUAUUCACGUUACUGUAAACUGUUUGUUUCCUAACUCUCACACAUAUUAUUGUCUAAUGGAUCAUGUUUUUAAUGCUGUGUCACAUAAACAUUGUACUUAGAUUAAGUACUUUACUGUUACAUAAUAUCAAAUUAUUAUAUAAAAAUCUGACUUGAAUGUACAUAAAUUAAGACUUGGAUAUUAUGUAGUUACAUAAUUUGUAUUGGUGCUAUUAACGUAAAACUAUGAAAUGGAUAUUUUUAUAAGUACAUAAAGUAUCAUUUAAUUUUGUGAUUUGAAAUAAAUUAUAUUGUUGAUUUCAA